AUGGCUAAGAAGAGAGUUGCCGAGGAGACAAGAUCUCAGCCAAAGAAGGCUAAGCUAGACCCGGAAUACUCUGAGGAGGAAGUUGAGGAAGAAGUUGAUGAGCUUGAUGGAGGCGAUUACGCUGAAGAGUCUGCUGAAGAAGAUGAUUCUCCAGCAGGUACCGGUAACGAUGAGGAAAACAGACCGUCCAGAGAGGAGCAGAAGAAGCUCUUGAAUGAAAGAAAGCUCAAGAGAAAGUCUGGAACACAGGUUGAGAACAUCAAGCGGUUGUGGGAGAAGUUGAGAGUCAAGAACCCACCCAUGCCAAAGGAAAUCAGAGAUAAGCUGUGUGACGAGACCUGGGAGCUAUCUAAGGACGUUAUUGGUGAUUUGGUGUUGAAGCACGAUGCAUCGCGUGUGGUCCAGACUUUGGUGAAGUACUGCUCUAAGGAGCGUCGUGAGAUCAUUACUCGUGCUCUCAAGGGACAGUUCUACAAUCUGGCUACCUCGUCUUACGGAAAGUACCUGCUGAUCAAGCUUUUACACUAUGGAUCCAAGGAUUCGCGCGAGUUGAUUCUUUCUGAAUUACACGGAAAGCUUCGCAAAUUGAUCCGUCACAGGGAGGGAGCAUACGUGGUGGAGGACCUGUAUGUUUUGUAUGCUACUUCCAAGCAGAAGUCUCAGAUGAUCAAGGAGUUCUGGGGAUCGGAGUAUGCCGUUUUCCGCGAUACUUCUGACGCCAGAACUAUCAAGGAAGUCUGUGCUGAGUCCAAAGAGAAGAGAUCUCUUAUUGCCAACAAUCUGAUCACCACUAUCCGUGGAUCUGUCGACAAAGGAUCUACCGGAUUCCAGAUUCUCCAUGCUGUUAUGAGAGAAUACGUCCAGAUCUUCGAGAACGAGGAAGUGCGCGCGCUUAUCGAGCUCCUGCAAGACCAGAUCGCAGAGCUUGUGCACACCCAGGAGGGUUGUGAGGUUGCAUGCACUCUGAUCGCCAAGGCCAAUGCUAAAGAGAGAAAGAACAUUUUGAAAGGUCUGAAACCACACGGAGAGGCUCUUGCCAAGGACGAACACGGACAGCUUGUUCUGCAGAUAAUCUUCAUGACCGUUGACGAUACGGUUCUCGUGAACAGAACAUUCUCCAGCGUUUUCAAAGACACAUUUGAAAAACUUGUUCUUGGAAAGUUUUCCAGAAGACCAUUCAUCUAUCUGUUGAACGGUCUGGACCACUCAUACUUCUCGCCUCCUGUUCUCAAGGACAUUCAGAAAUACAUGGAGCUUGCAUCAGAAACCUCCAAGAAGCCGCAAGAACAACGUCGCACAGAGCUCCUAAAGAACUUGCUACCUCUGUUUUAUGAAACCGUCCAGAAAAGAUCCAUCCUGCGUGAAAAUUUUGGAUCCCAGUUCGCUCUGGAGCUCAUACUCAACAACGACUUCCCUGAAGAGACAGAGGAGCCAAGAAAACAGCUGCUGGAGCUAAUUUUGUCUGAGAUGAAGGAGGAUCUUGGAGAAGACCAUCUUUUGAGCAAACCGUUCACCUCUCGUUUAUUGAAGUCCCUUAUCCAAGGAGGUAAGUGGAACUUUAAGGAGAAGAAGGUUGAUACUGUUCCAAACAUUGGCGUGGGCAAAGAUUUUGCCGCUAGCUUCGCCGAGACGGUGUUUGAGAACGGAGAAGACGAACAGGUUCUGAAAAACUGGAUCAACGACAACCAAGGAUGUUUUGUUUUGGUUGCUCUGGUCGAAGCAUUGAAAGACUCCAAAAAGAACAGUUUCCCUAAGAAGCUCAAGAAGCUUGACAAGAUCAUCAAGAAGCAGGACGACGAUAACAAGGGCGCACAGCUGCUGCUCAAGGUGUUCUAA